ACGUAUGGCUCAGUUUGUAUCCAUGUAUGAAAAUAAGGAAAAUUCAUGCCUUAAUCUUGGAAGUCAUGUUGGCUCAGCCAUACUUGGCACUUUUAAGAACUUUGAUUCAUAACAAUCCAAUCCAAAAUAUGGCAAAAAAGCCUGUCAAGUACUAUGUGGUGGACGCGUUCACCGACUCCGCCUUCAAAGGGAACCCGGCGGCAGUGUGUCUAUUAGAGGACGAGAGUGAUAGAGAUGACACGUGGCUCCAAGCUGUGGCGGCGGAAUUCAAUAUCUCCGAGACUUGUUACCUCACCCCGAUCGCUGAGCCGGAUAACAACGAAAACCCUAAUCCGAGAUUCUCUCUCAGAUGGUUCACUCCCGUUGCAGAGGUUAACCUUUGUGGCCAUGCAACAUUAGCGGCUGCACACACUCUCUUUGCUACUGGUCUGGUAAAUUCUAGCAUUAUUGAGUUUGAAACUCUAUCGGGAAUAUUGACUGCUAAAAGGGUUCCACAAAUCAAGAAAGCUGAUGCCUUGGUUCAGAAUGGCGAAGAAAAAGAAAUAUUUCUCAUUGAACUGGAUUUUCCUACUGUCACAACGACAGAAUUUAACGCUGUUGAAGUUGCCUCAAUUUCUGAAGCCUUGAACGGUGCCUCCAUAAUUGAUAUAAGGAGGACUACCACCACAGAUGACCUCUUUAUUGUGCUUCCGUCAGGUAAUUCUGUUAUAGAAUUACAGCCAGAGUUUGACAAGAUAGAGAAGUUUCCUGGGAGGGGAUUGAUUGUUUCAGCAGUUGCACCCCCGGACUCAGGAUUUGAUUUUUUGAGUCGAUUCUUCUGUCCAAAAUAUGGUAUCAAUGAGGAUCCUGUUUGUGGAAGUGCACAUUGUGCCUUGGCACCUUAUUGGAGCAAAAAGCUCGGGAAGAGCGAUUUUGUUGCAUUCCAGGCGUCACCUAGAGGUGGAACCCUGAACAUUCAUUUGGAUGAGCAGAACCACAGAGUGCUGUUGCGAGGCAAAGCUGUUACCGUAAUGGAAGGCUCUCUUUUAGUUUAGGUUUUGAGCUAUUACCUUGUGCAAUUUAUAAUCAAAUUGAUUGACCAGGAAGCUUUGAUGUUCAAAAUCUGAAAAAUCUGCUCUUUUUUUUUAUUGCUUGGAUUAUUACAAGUCUUGACAUUGCGUUGUCAAACCAUAUGACAGAAGAUCAUCUACAAAAAGUAUCUUUUUUUUGGUUUA